AUUUAGUAUUUAUAUAAAACAACGUUGACAAGACUAUAGCAAGAUGUGGCCGAAGCUGCUUGACAUGAGUCGAGAUGAGUGUAAACGCACAUUGCGGAGGAUGGAACUUGAGUCCUAUGCCUCUAUGGUGAGUGCGUUCAGGGCUCAAGGUGACCUAUCAAAAGAAAAGAAGAAGUUAUUGACUGACAUGGGAAAUAUGCUCAGCAUAUCCACAGAAAGGCACCGAGCCGAGGUCAGAAGAGCUGUGAAUGAUGAAAAGCUUACUACCAUUGCAGACCAUUUGUCAGGUCCCAAUAAUUGUAUUCAGUGGGGAAUAGAAGGUAGACGACUUGUACCAUUAAUGCCAAGACUCGUACCACAGACAGCGUUUACUGUGACUGCACAUAACGCAGCCAAUUCAGCUAUGUUACACAAUAUGACACUUCCAUUGCCGUCCGAUACAGGGUUUAAAAGUAUUAUAGGAUCCAGCGGUAGCACAGCCACUACAACAACGAGCAAUUCUAACAGUACAACAUCUAAUAUCAAAUCACCCAGACCAACUAGUCCUUCAUCAAAUGUAGUUGUUUUACCAAGUGGUCUCUCAAUUCAUGUUAAAAGUGAACCCGAUGUUGAUGAGAAAUCUAGGAAACGAAGACGAUCCAAUUCUGUGAGUUCCAAUUGUAGCAGUAGUAAAGAAGUGCCUAUCAGUACUGUAACCACCACACCCCCCACAUCCAUUGUGGCUACCCCUAGGACUACUGUGCUGCCAAUCACCAACCCCAAAAUAACUACAUAUAUGACAAGUACUAGUGGUACAGGUCUUUCUCCGGUUAAAAUCACAUUCACCAAGGCGAGUUCUUCCAGCAUGUCAACUCUGACGCCGGCACAAAAGGUUAUUAUUGUAUCCAGCUCAUCCACAUUUACACCAAAUAUCCUUCAGAGAACUCAAAGUAGCAUCGGAACCAGAACAUUCACAACUUCAACAGCGACAAGCAGACCCUCUAUCAUAUUCAACACCACAGCAUCAACCACAAGUGGUGGACCGAGUAUCGUAACAGUCACCCCAACCAACACAGGGUUGAUGCCGUCAACCACACCUGUGUGUGUAGUUGGCACGGCAACAACAGCUUUUAUAUCCAAUACCGUUAGCUCUGCUAAACCCAGGCCGAAAACCAUGCACCGUCAGAAAAUGAAACUGAUCACUACCAAUGCCUCGUCUGUACUAGCUACUGCUGCCUCAGUGAUUGCUUCUAGUACUGCAGUGUCGCCAGCAACCAUGCCGAAAGUGAUGACCACAAGCAGCUGUACCACAACCAAACCAUCAAUACAGAUUGUACAAGAACAUGGUGUUAAAAUAAUCACACAGACUGUUCCUGGUAACAAGAUAUUACCAAAACCGAUCACAAUUGGCUCAACUACAGGAACGCCUAUUGUCAUGGUUACCACGACUGUACCAACAACUGUAGUCAUGACAACCAAGCCUAUUACAAAUAUUGCAGGUAGUCACAGUAACCAGGUUGUAAUCAAUUCGUCGAGCAGCACUCGAAUAUCCACAACACCGUCACUGCCUAGUUCUAGGUCGUCACUCAGUGCUGGCAGUAUCAUUACUGUAACACCAAAGUCAUUACAGUCUCCAAGUGCCAAAUCAGCCACAGUUGUGAUGACCAAACCCUACCACCCUGCCUCUGCUGGCAAGUCUAAUGUUAUUAUUGUACAGAAAGCACCAACUAAGACAGUGUCCGUAACAAAGUCUACACCUAUUACAUCUAUACAGAAAUCUUCUCAGGAAUCAACUAAGACUAUUAUAGUGACCAGUGGUGGCAACCAGAGUAAAGUGAUAUCAACAAUACAUCCGGGACAUUCAUUGCCGGGCAGUAAAACAAAAACACAGCAGUUAGUCAUCAGACCCAAACCAUUAGGAAUGCAAGCUGCUAUAGCUGAGCAGGUAGAAAGAAGAUCUGGAUCACCAGUAUUAGCUGAACAUGUGCACCAUGCAGAGGAUUCCUCAUCAGGUCAAAGGUUAUUUCCCCCUACUAGUGUGACUGGUCAUAUUUCACCAGCUAUGGAUGAUACAAGCUCUGUGGGGUCAGGUCACAGCGAUGUGAAAGCUGAACCUAAACACACUGAUAUUUUGGAGGCUGCGGUUGCCGCCAUAACCAAUGGCAACCAGUGGGUAGAAUAUGAUGUACCCAUGGAAACAGUAACCCAGGCAACAACCUCUACAGGGUCCACUUACUCAGAGAAGUCUGCCUCUUCGGCAAUCAAGGCAUUACUAGAAAUCAGAAGAGAUCCAUCAAAAGAGAGCACCAGGCCACAGACGAUAGAUCUAAGCAAGAUGGCUGUUCCGUUGGUAUCCACUACAGAUAAUAUAACUCAACAAUCUACCAUGCAGGGCACUAGUAGUGGUAGUCUGGGAGGCACUAGCAUUUUAACUGAUUUUUUCAAUGAAACUUCAUCAAAGCCUAGCACCACUGUGGCUGCUGGUAUAACUGGAACAUCAUUUCUACAGACGGCCACCAUGGAGGUAGAGAAAGCUUUACAAGAACGCAAUAAAGCUCUUAGAGGAAAACUACCUGACACGGAUAACUUUCCAGAACUGACCAUUCAUAAGGCGGGUGAUCCACAGCCAUCAUCAAAUGACACUGAGGAGCAAGGAUUUCAACCGAGUGGUGGUGGUGGUGGUGGUGGUGGUGAUGUUGACAACACUAUAAUCGGAUUAACUGACAGUAGAAUUACAGGGCAGCUAGAUCCCCAAACUGGACUGUUUCACAUAGGGGAGACAGGAAAGCAUGGUUCUGAACUCAGUCGAUUGAUUGACAUGCCUGUGAGCAAAAGCAGCGUUGCAUUUCAGGAGCCGAUCGUGACGCAUCAAGAAAAGCCGCGCAAAACUGAGAUAAAGGGACAUUCCGAACUUUUGAAGCAUUUAACUGGGAAUGUCUUGCAGGAACCCAAGGAAAUUGACCCGUAUGAUUUCCUGAAUCGCGAUUUUAUAGACAAUAAGUCUACCUCAGAGAGUCAGCAACAGUCAAAAGAGCACCCUAGCUUGGUACAAGAUAACACUGCGGCUGCUAGUGCUAGCAGUGUCCAGGCAACGAAAGAAAGCUCAAAUGCAGCGACUGUUGUGUACGCUACAUACCCAUCAGCUGCCGAGAAACUCACUGCCAUGGCACAGACACGAGAGGAGACUAACAGAGUGACUAGUCUGCCGCUACAAAGGCAAGUUGGCGCCACCAGAGUCAAAACAGGAUUGAUACCACUGCAGGAUAUUGCCAGUAUUGCUGCGGGCAAGUUAUCAACAACUACUCCCUCAACGAGUUUCUCAAGUAUGGAAUCAAUGUCAGCACCCACAGCAACAGUGACUGUAAUAGCAUCUAGCACUGCACCUAACCAGGCAACAGGUGCAACAUGUGUCAUGGUGGAAUCUACUGGCCUUGACACAAGUCACAUGAAUUUGGAAGAUUUUACAAGUCAGAGGCUGUUACAUGAAGAGGACAGAGGCUUGCGGCAUGAUGAAAGCUUUGUCUGGGAGGAACAAUCUGGUAGAGGAAGCCCAACACAAGGUGCUAGUACUUGCAGUAGUGGCUCUGGCACCGAGAGUCUCUGCACUGUAGACAGCUUUGGUGCUAAUGUUAGGGCCAGCAAACGGAAGAGAAAGGCUCCGAUACCGAUCGAUGAGGCACCAAUGCCGUCUAAUUUACCAAGUUGGGUACGAGCAGGGCUAAAUUUACUACAGAGGGUAUCUAGAUAUAGAGGAGCACACAAAUCUAAAGGAGAAUUAAAUGCAGCAUCCUGGUUUACAAGGCCGGUUGAUCCUCACGAGGCACCAGGCUACCACAAGAUUAUCAAACAACCCAUGGACUUUGGUACAAUUAAGAAAAAAUUAGAGACUGGUCAGUACAGAGACUUCAACGAUUUUAAUCAAGAUAUGAUUCUUGUGAAAGGCAAUUGCAUGAAGUAUAAUCCACUGGGACAUGAAGCAAGGAAAGAUUGUGAAGAAGUGUUUCAGUUUUACACCGUGGAGUACAACAAAAUGAUAGAUAAAUGGCAGAAGAUUCAUUGUACUCCACCCAAGUCACCAAAGAAAGUGAGAGUGGAUUGCAUCCGAAGUCCAAUAAAGUCGUGAUAGCAGUCCACAAAUCAAUCUCAGUUAAAUGAACCACAACACUACAUCUGUCAAAUUCAUUUUUUUUUUAAAAACUUAAAAUGCUAUUGCAUGUACACAGCUGCAUAUGCGUGUAAUAUUUAUUUUUUAUACUGUUCGUCUACACUGGAGAAUGUGUUCUGUGUUGAUGGGUGUUUUGUUGAAUGCCGGCUUUUUAUGAUCGAAAGAUUUCAAUUCGAG